AAGUUGCUAGCAAGAAGGGCAGUGAACUCUUGUAGAGAACUGUCACUCUCGGGAAAGUAUUUGUCAAAAUGCCGAAGAAAAAGACAGGACAGCGAAAGAAGGCAGAGAAACAAAAAGAGAGACAGAAAGAGAUGAGAAACGCAGAAAAAUCUUUAGCACAGAUGCCGUGCAAUUUCCUCAUGGAGUGUGAUCAAUGUAAACGAUCCCAGAAGAAUAGAGCAUUCUGUUAUUUUUGUUCAGCGUUACAAAGACUUCCUGUGUGUGGACAUUGUGGUAAACAAAAAUGUAUGGCAAAAUUCGGUGACUGUUGCAUAAAACAUUCCGGAACAAAUACAACUGGGCUUGCAAUGGUGGGUGCGAUCUGUGAUUUCUGUGAGGCCUGGGUGUGUCACGGUACGCGGUGCCUAUCUGUCCAUGCCUGUACCUGUCCUCUAACGGAUGCUCAGUGCUGCGAGUGUAAAAGGGGGGUGUGGGAGCAGGGUGGUAGAAUUUUCAAGUGUUCCUAUUGUAAGAAGUUUCUCUGUGAAGACGAUCAGUUUGAGCACCAAGCUAGCUGCCAACAACUGGAUUCGGAAAACUUCAAAUGUUUGUCCUGCAAUAAGCUUGGACAGUACUCAUGCCUUAGGUGCAAGACAUGCUUUUGUGAUGACCAUGUCCGAAGGAAGGGGGUUAAAUACAGUAAAGGACAAGCGAUCCCGUGCCCCAAGUGUGGACUGGAAACCAAGGAGACA